UGUGAAUUGAAUGUCAUUCCAUUUAUAAGCAUGCCUGAAUUGUCAAAUACAAAACCUUUGCGUGGAGACUUGAACAAUCUCAUGCAUGAAGUGGAUGCGUUUAUUUCAGAGCUAAAUGAAGAUGGUACAAUCACUACCCCCACACGUUCGCAUUCACUUCAAGAACCACAAAGACAGUCUUCACCUAUUUCAACCAAUAGGUCCAAUACAGUCACUUCUCGUCCCUCUGCCAAACAAAGACAAAACAUAGUGACCACUGACAACUCUCAUAAUCGGCUUCCCAAUACAUUACAACAUGCUUAUUCUUCGCCUUCUUACAAUUAUUACUAUGCAACACCACCCACGCCACCCUCUAGAAGUACGCUCAGAUCAUUACGAUCGACAUCCGCCACGCUUGUGGAACCAGGUAUCAGUAGCACAACUUAUUUUUAUACACAGACAAACCAACCUCAUCAUCAAGAUUAUGUAAAUACAUACCUAACAGACACUCGAAAGCAUCAAGAAAAGACAGCUGCUUAUGAAGAUGAUGAUACACCUUCCUCAAGUCGAUCGUCUUCCUUUAUGUUCUUGAAUGAGAAGCACAUUAGUACCUCUUCCACGAAUCAACACACUUAUCAAUCACCCACAAGACCCACGGUGCUUACAUUGCCGCAUAAAAGAUCUUCUUGUUCUUCCUCUUCUGUUCCUUCGCCUUCUAGUACGCCACCUGUUAUUUCAUUUCCUUCAACUUGCGCUUAUAUGUCUGUGCUUGGAAAAGCAUUCAUUAAACGUGUUCGAAGCUUAGAGCAUGUACGUGAAUUGUUUUGCGCCAAUGAAUAUCCUGAAUCAUUCACAGGACAAGAAGCCACCAAAAUAUUUCAACAUUUAUUGGAUGGUAUUCCAGAAGCUUAUUGUGUUAUCGUGGCCAAUGCAUUUAUGAAAGCAGCACCUUCUCUUUUUGAACCUAUUCAUUACUCUCAAAAAUCAAUCAUUCAACGCACCUUUUUCAAUUCAACAGAUGAAUAUUACACAUUACAAGAAGACAGUGAUGAUGUGCCUACUGGUCUUCUCACCAGUCUUUUGGAAUGCUAUACCUAUGAUUGUUUACCAGGCAAAGGAGGUUGUUAUGCACCCCGAUGUCCAAACAAACCAGAAGUAUUUGAUUUUGAGUUUAAUGUACAAGAUCCUUUACUUGAAAUGACAAUCACAUCCAAACAUCGCUCUUCAAGUUCAGAACAUGCCACUCAAUCAACUUUACAGAUGGCCUGGGCUCAAAAAGUACCUCAGGCAUUACUGGCCACAUUGUCAAAAAAAGAAAUUGCAAGACAAGAAGCCAUGAACGAACUCAUUUAUUCCGAGCAAGUCUAUAAAAAGGACUUACAGGUACUUGCAGAAGCAAUUGUGAUCCCUUUAUCAGAGAAAUCGAGUCUUAUUCCAUCACCCAAGAAACGAGCGGAAUUUGUGCAUGAAGUGUUUGGCAAUUACAAACAAUUGCUUGAAGUGAGUGCAGCUUUGUUUGACGAUCUUGUGGACCUACAACAACAGUAUGAAAAUGCAUGCAUCCCUAUGAUUGGUGAUGUUCUCAUUAAACACUAUGCGUAUUUUGAAGACCCCUUUACACGAUACUGCCCCCGUGUGUCUCUUGCGGAAUAUCUGAUCAAAGAAGAAGCAAGAAAUAACCCUGAUCUUGAGAAAUUCAUGGCUCAUGCUGAAAAGAGUAAACGUAUGCGACGGCUUGCGUUUCGUCACUUUCUGUUGAAUCCGGUCACUCGAUUACAACGUUAUCCUUUGUUACUAGAUGCUAUCCUAAAAAAGACAGAACCUGAUCACCCAGACUAUACUUACUUGUCGAAAUGUUUGGAUAUGGUGAAAAAAGUCGCAAGUCAAUCGGACGCUUUGGCAGACAUAUUCAAGAAGCGUGUCCAGAUCUUGGAAAUCAAUGAUAUGAUACGGUUCAAACCUGGCGAAUACCAAGAUCUCAAGCUGACAGAUCCACAUCGAAAAUUGUAUUAUCAGGGGGAUAUCAAGCGUCGUAGUGGUGGUAUCACCGAAGUCACUGAGAAGACAGACAUUCAUGCGUUUAUCUUUGACCAUUUGGCAUUGUUGACAAAACCAAGAAAGUCAAGUGCGGCAGCAUCUGUAGAUGAAUAUCGUGUAUGGAAAAGGCCCAUUCCGCUUCAGAUGCUUUAUGUUGCUCCUUUGGCUACAGAGCUAUCGCAGGCACCCACUUCUUCUAGCUUAAGAUCCAACUCCCAAGCCUCCUUUUUAGUCACAUUUACAUUCCAACAUCUCGGUCAACGUGGCGGUACUUAUAGUUUUAUGUGCACUGUGACGGAAAAGCAGAAAUGGCUUAGUGCUAUAGAGGAAGCCAAGGCCUCUUUAAAGAAGCGAACUGGCGAAGAUGUGUUUGAAGUUGUAAGUUUGGACGAUGCUUCAUUUAGAUAUAUGACCACGGGCGUUGGAUCAAAACAAGCCAAAGUGACAUGUACAGCACCAUUUACAAGUGUUUCUGGAGAAAAGAAACUCGUAAUUGGUACAGAUACAGGUGUUUACAUCAAAAGCAUGACUGGCACAGGUGUGAGAAGGGUAGUAUCAACAGAAGGAGUGACCCAACUUUCUGUAUUAGAAAAGCAUCAUGUCUUACUUGUCUUGGCAGACAAGACAUUGAAAGCAUAUCCACUUGACUUGUUGGAUUCAGCAGUGACAACAACGUCAGGAAAACCACCAGAACGCCUCGGGCAGGAACUGGGACAACACAUUCAUUAUUUUCAAGUUGGUUUUUGUAACAAUAGAGACCUCGUUGUAUAUAAAAAGAAAAAGAAUACCUCCAGCAUAUUUACAGCACUUGAACCUCUUUAUGAUUUGCGAGAACCCAAAAAUCAAAAAUACAUUACACACAAAACUGGCUUUAUCAUGAGUAAUAGAUCAAGUCAUGCUUGGUUUAAAAGAUACAAGGAAUUCUAUGUAGGUGCAGAAUCAAACAAUAUCCAUUUCCUCAAGUCAAAGUUGUUGAUUGUAUGUGAAAGAGGAUUUGAGAUUAUUGAUCCUGAAAACUUGAGUGUGGGAGGAAGAGAUAUACCAGACAAGAUGGAUCCUCAGUUUAAUUUUGUUCAUCGACAGGCAGAUAUGGUUAAGCCGAUUGCCAUGUAUCGUAUACACGAUAAAUUCUUAUUAUGCUACAGUAAAUUUGCGUUCUAUGUGAAUAAUCGAAAUGGAUCUCUAGUUCAACGAGGACCACAAAGAUUACCACUACUCUGUGAGUGGGAAGGUACUCCUGAACAUAUUGUAUAUCAAUACCCUUACAUCAUUGCUUUUGACCCUCAAUUUAUUGAGGUGCGUCAUGUCGAUACAGGCGAUCUUGUACAAAUCAUUCCAGGUGAACAAAUGCGUUUAACUUAUUAUACAUCAAACCCAACUCAAGAAGUUGACAUUCAUGGUUGUCAGACACAUGCUAAAAGACCAGACCUUCAAAACAUAUUUUACUUGAAACUACAGAAAACAACUGCACGCAAAUAGACACAAUAAAUAGAGAACAGCUGCAUGCUGAUAAUAUACUUUCUUAACAUGCUUUGAUUGUUAAACACUAUGUACACUCAUUCAUUGUGCUUUUGCGUAUGUAUCAAUUGAUUUUUUUUUCUUAGGCUCUGCAUAAAUCUAUCUCAGAUUUUUUAAAUGAAAAAAAAAAAUAAACCCUA